AUGAUGGAGGAUAAAGUUACAGUCGAUUUAGACAUGGCACUAGCCUGGUCAGUGAGUGCCAAAAAUUCCCUGAAAAAUGUCAAUGGCUACAGUCAGAAUCAACUUGUUUUUGGAUUCAACCCAAAUCUUCCGAACUGCGAUAAUGCGAAGUUACCAGCUUUAGAAGGAAAGACUUCCAGUGAGAUUGUUGCAACAAAUCUAAAUGCUAUGAACGCUGCACGAAAGACAUUCAUACAAAGUGAAUCAGCAGAAAAGGUUAGAAGAGCAUUAAGGCAUCAAACAAGAACGUCAGGUGAUGAUAGAUUUGAAACUGGGGACAAGGUAUUUUACAAAAGAAACACAAGCAAUGCUUGGAAAGGCCCAGGUAGUGUCAUAGGACAGGAUGACAAACAGGUUUUAAUAAAACAUGGCAGUUCGUAUGUCCGUGUGCACCCUUGUCGUAUCCAAAGAGACACAGGCUUUUCUCUGAUUGAUGCUACUCCCAUAGAAAGUUGCAGAAAUAAACCAAUAACAUCUUUAACCGACACCGAUAAUCCUGUGAAUGAAGAAGUAGUAGGUGAUGGAGAUAGUGAUGACAGUGCUGAAAAUUCUGAUAUUGAUUUGCAGAACUUCCAAAGUGAUGAACCAGAAAGAAGGGAUGCCAUUAGAAAGGAGAGACAAGUUGCAUCAGAUGAAAUUAAUGAUAUAAAUAAUCUAACCAAUAGCAUAAGUCGACUUUCCUUAGAUGUAACAAACAGUGACACACAAGACCAAAAGUGGUUUGAUGGUUCCGUUAAACCCAAAGCUAAGUCAUUUGUAAAGUAUAAGUUCAAGGACUGUGAUACAGUUAAAGAUGUGGAAAUUAUAUCAAAAGGUGGUAAAGCAACUGGAAAAUAUAAAUCCUAUUUGAAUAUACAAGAUGUAGAUAGUAAUUCAUUGUCAUGUGUUGAUUGGGAGGAAAUUGAAAGUUGGCAGCCAAUAAACACAGAAGAGGCACUUCUUUCGCAAGUAAAAUUUGCAGAUUCAGACGUCUUGAAUGCUAAAAUUGACGAAAAGGUUUAUGAAAAUGUUGAAAACCAUGGACAAAAGGCAUUGUCUGUGAGAUGGGUUGUGACUGAGAAAAUACUGAAUGGGAAGAAAAAGAUGAAAGCCAGAUUAGUUGCACGGGGCUUCGAGGAGAUAGAUAAUGACAUUUUAAAAGACUCCCCAACUUGCUCGAAGGAAAGCUUGCGUUUGAUACUCACCCUCAUUGCUUACAAUAAUUGGAGGUGCAGUUCUAUUGAUAUCAAAUCUGCAUUUUUACAAGGAAAGGAAAUUGAAAGAACUGUUUACCUAAAACCUCCAAAAGAAGCUGAUAAUGGAAAUUCUUUGUGGAAGCUUAAGAAAUGCAUUUAUGGUUUGGUGGAUGCUUCUCGCUGUUGGUAUUUGCGUGUAAAAGAAGAGCUCAUAAAUCUUAAUGUCUCGGUGAGCAAGAGUGAUCCUGCAAUAUUUUACUGGCAUCAUGGUCAACAAUUAUCAGGAGUAAUGGCCACACAUGUUGAUGAUUUUUGUUGGGGCGGGAAUGAGGAUUUCAUCGAAAAUGUUAUAGAACCUUUACAGAGAGUGUUUCUUGUUGGAUCUGAAUGUUCAACUGUAUUUCCUUAUCUUGGAUUAAGCUUGAACCAGCACAGUGAUUUUACCAUUCAAAUCAACCAAAAUGCAUAUGUUGAGGAAAUUGAACCUAUUGAAAUAGAAAAAGAAAGAAUGGGAAAGAAGAAUUAUCCACUGAAUGAAAAUGAGAUCAGGGAAUUCAGAGCUUUAAUAGGACGGCUGUGCUGGUUAAGUAGACAGACCAGACCCGAUAUCAAGUCUGUGAAUUAG